AUGUCUUCAUCGCUACAGCUCAUAAACCCCAAAGCAGAACUGAUCAGGCGCCAGCAGGCACUCCAGGUAAACAUUGCGGCCGCGCAAGGCUUGCAGCAAGUUUUGGCGUCGAAUUUGGGUCCAAAAGGCACACUUAAGCUUUUGGUAGAUGGAUCGGGAAAUUUAAAGUUGACCAAAGAUGGCAAAGUAUUACUUAGUGAAAUGCAAAUUCAGCAUCCUACGGCGGUGAUGAUCGCACGUGCGGCCACGGCACAAGACGAAAUUACGGGAGAUGGAACUACGAGUGUGAUUUUACUUGUGGGUGAGCUCUUGAAGCAAGCCGAGAGGUUUAUAAGUGAAGGUGUGCAUCCGCAGGUGAUUGUAGAUGGGUUUGAAACUGCUCGUGAGGGAGCAUUGAAGUACUUGGAUCAAUUCAAGACAGAAAAGACCAGUUUUGACCGAGAGUUUCUUCUUCAAGUUGCGAAAACGUCGCUUUCCACCAAAGUUUCUGCCGAUUUGGCGGAGGUUUUGACACCUAUAGUUACGGACGCUGUACUCACGGUGUCUGAAGGAGCUAAAGAACAAGCUGGAGCGAAAUCUGGGCCGCCUCAGAUCGACUUACACAUGAUUGAAAUCAUGACCAUGCAGCAUGGAGUUGGAAAAGACACCGAAUUGGUUCAUGGAUUGGUGUUGGAUCAUGGUGCUCGUCAUCCGGACAUGCCCAAGGUGGUGGAGAACGCAUACAUCUUGAUUCUCAAUGUGCUGUUGGAGUACGAAAAGACAGAGGUGAACCUGGGAUUUUACUAUUCUAGUGCAGAACAGCGGGAAAAGUUAGUGGCUCUGGAACGGAGAUUUGUUGACGAAAAGUUGCGGAAAAUCAUCGAUCUUAAGAACCAGGUGGUGGAACUUGGUUCUGAUCGUGGAUUUGUCAUCAUCAACCAAAAGGGCAUUGAUCCCAUGUCAUUGGAUGUUUUGGCCAAAAACGGCAUUCUCGCACUCCGUCGUGCCAAGAGAAGAAACAUGGAACGGCUCCAGCUCAUUUGCGGUGGAGAGGCCCAGAAUUCGGUGGACGAUUUGUCUCCCGAAGUAUUAGGAUUUUCCGGAACCGUCUACGAAAAUUCUUUGGGAGAGGAUAAAUUCACCUAUGUUCUCAACAAGGGAACUCGGCAAAAGGCCAAGAGUGCUACGAUUCUCAUCAAAGGACCCAAUAGCCAUCUGGUCCAGCAAACCAAAGAUGCGGUCCGUGAUGGGCUCCGUUCAGUAGCCAACGUACUCAAAGAUCAAGCAGUUAUUCCCGGAGCCGGAGCAUUCUUUUUGGGAUGCCACCACUAUCUUUUGCGUGAAUCUGGACUCAAUAAGGGAAGAACAAAGACCGGAAUUCAAGCAUUCGCAGAGGGGCUUUUGGUGAUUCCCAAGACACUUGCAACCAACGCCGGUCUAGACUCACUCGAAACGGUUUCCACGUGUCAAGACGACGUUGAGGAUGGCCGGGUUGUGGGGGUGGACUUGGCACUGGGAGAACCUAUGGAUCCUGCAGUGGAAGGAGUAUGGGAUUCUUAUCGAGUUGUAAGAAAUGCCAUUCUGGCUGCAGUGGGAAUAUCUUCAAAUCUUCUUCUUUGUGAUGAAUUGCUCAAGGCGGGCAAGAGUCAGCUGCAACCUACAAACUAA